AUGUCGUUACCCUCGAAACGUAUUAGGUUAAGUGAGAAAGGACCUAAAAACCAUGAUUCUUACGAGAAAAAUGAAAGAUUUAAUUCCAUCGCAUCUGAUAUAUCAGUUUUGGUGCAUCUUGUUGAGUCUGUUACUGACGAGGAUGCUUCUGAAUUCGUUGCAAACGUGGUUGCUGCAGGAGAUGUUAGCCAGAUACUUAAAUUCUUGGAUACUGGGAAGGAUAGGAAGCCAGCAGAACUUCUUGCAGUCUUCAAAGCACUCACUAUUAUUAUUUUGAAAACUUCUCGAGAUCUGAAGGAUCGCUAUCCGAAUGUGGCCAGAGAGCUUUCCGAAGGCCUCCUUGAAGACGCUCGCUUCUCUUUAUGCCUGAAGUCCAUGAGGUCUCAGAAUGCGGAAAUCCUAAAAGCAUGUUUUCAGCUCUUAGCAUCUGUUGUGACGGUUAGUGAAGAUUUGGCUCGAGGGAUUCUACGAUAUGUUGAUUUCGAAAGCAUGAUAAUGAAAAAAUGUUCCAAAAGAAGAAACCUCGGAGACAAAUGUGACGUCCGAACUUGCUUUGUAAAUUUUCUGGCUUCUUUUGUUUAUCUAGACAAUAAUUUUGUCUUGAGAGAAUUGGUAGAUAAAAAAGGUGCUCUAGAUUUACUUAUUAAUGGAUCUUUUGUGGAUAAAUAUUCAAAUGUAAUUUUAAUCUUAUGCGUUCUCAAGAAAGUAGCUGAAAACAGUUCAAUCAGCAAAACACAGCGAGUGCGUGUAUUCAACCAAUAUUGUCUUCAAAAACUAGCAUCUCUGUAUAUAUGGCGGGGAGAGGGUAAUUCUAUUGAUGAAGUACUCAGAAAAGAUAUUACUGAGGUGAAUGAGCAGGAAUUAGCGUCAAUUAGAGACACCGUACACAAGCUCCUAACCCAUCUUUUUACAUCUAGUCGUUUUGGGCUAGUGUUUUCAAAUAAGUUUGAUUCUAACAUUCAGCACAAUAGUCUAAUACUGGCAUGUUUGACAUCCGCCCAGAUGGAGGAUGCGUAUAAAGAUCCCUUGCGUACCGAACUGGUUGUUGUUGCGCUCUGUAAAUGUCCAGAAUUGUUUCCUCAUUAUCUUGAUCACUUGGCUCCAAGUUUAUAUCCACGCAAUUCACCUACCUGGUUCUGCUUAAUGGAGUUUAUAUCUCACAUUUACAAAUCGGUUAGCAAAUAUAUCAUUCAGUUCACUGUAACUGCGUUAUCGCAUUCACUCAAUGUUGAAGUUUUAGCUGGCGUUAUGGCGAAUUUCUGUGUCUUGUCACCGAAAAUGGUUGAUCCUAUCAGGAAAGCCUUGCAGUUUAAUUUGGGCAUCAGAAAAGUGAAUAGUCUGAGACGUUAUUUAGCUUUGUUUCAAUAUUAUUCAAAUUACCCAGUAGUAUAUCAAUACUUAUCGAAAUUUAUUCAUUUAUUAUACACUCGUACAUCAUUAACUGUAUCGUACAAACCGAAAAUAUUUUUCAAAUUACUUUUAAAAUAUGUUAAUCUAAAAGCAAUGCUUUUCACAAAUGUUACAUUUAAACAUCAAUCAAUGGAUGAAAAAAUGUCAACCAUUUCAGAUGAAUAUUUAUUAAAAGAAUAUUUAUUCAGGUUUCUAUUGGAGAUAGCUUCUGUUGCACCGAAAUUUGUGUACAAACAUAUUUCAGUUUUAUGGUUAUUGAGUGCAUACAAUGCUACAAUGAGUUCGCUUGAUCAAACUAUUCUCCAAUUGAUUUAUCUUCUGGAAAAAUAUUCACCAGGAUCUUUGAUUCGGUCUAGUUAUCUUGUAUGGGGUCCUACCGUUUGUAAACAUUAUGAAUUUGAUUCACAAAGUAACGUAUUCAGUUAUCCAACUUUAUUGCGCGAACCUAAUGUAAAUACACUGUUCAAUGUAUUUGAUGACAAUCAAUUGUUAGAGUCGGCUUAUAACUUCCCGUUAUAUCGAAGGUGGCUUAAUGCUCCAGAUUCGUACGUCAUUGAUUCAAAGAUUGUAAAAAUUGAUCGUACACAUGAUCCGUGCUUCAUUCUGCAUGUGUUGUAUUACUACCUUCACUGUUUUUCAGGAGAAUGUGAACAAAACAAUGCCGAUGUUGUUAAACCUGUUCAGUUUUUGAAAACUUUCUACUUAAAAAAUUGUUUAUGUUAUGCUGUGGCUGGAUUAUCAAGUUACUCAAAACAUAUGCGAAAUAUGGCUAGAACAAUUAUCGGUAUUUAUCGGAAAUUAUUGGGUUUAUAUAUCUCCGGGGAUUCAACAACCUCUAAUAAUCAUGAUCGCUCAGAAAAAAAGCCUAAUUUAUCCUCUAAACAUUUUCCUGAAGGCCAACAAAUUGCCUUUGUUCUUGAUAUAUUGCGUAAUAGUUUAUCACAUGGUGGUGGGUCUGUUUUCGGUGGUGGAAGUCGUAAAGCUAAGUCAUUCCAUAUAUCGAUGGAUUCAGGUGGACGUUUAACAAAACUUCAUGCAAAUUUCUUUAUCAGAGUUUUAAAAAUACUCAGUCGACCAGAAAAUCAUAUGUUUCAGCCUAUUUGGAGUUGUUUGCUGGCAAAACCGGCAAUUGAUCUGAGAUAUGUACCGGAAUUUCUAAGAUUAUUCUUUUCAACCAAUAAUAAAUUCACUGUUGAACGUCAAUGGAUUUGUCGAUUGUGUGUUGAUAGUUUAAGUGAUCCAGCAGACUAUUUGGUGAUGGAAAAUUCUUUAGUAUUUAAACACAUUUUAUGUGCUUAUUCAUUGCCCUCAGCUGACAUGAGUUUCAAGUUAUCAGUAUUACGGUUACUUGCAAACGCUACAAAACACAAUCGAAUUGUACACUCACUGAUAAGAUUUCAUGCAAUAUUACUUUGGCUCGCGCGUUAUGCUGCCACUUCAACUAAUUCUACAGAACAAACAACGUUAUUUUUAUCCAUCCUAGAGAAUAUCCAUAAUGCUCUAGGCGAAAAAUCAUCCAAUCAGCCUAUUCUGGAUAUAGUAAAUCUGAUAAGAGAAGAAUGCUCUGUGAAAAAGAACAACAUGGACUUGUAUGCACUCUCAACGAUCCCUCCUGAAACUUGAAAUUACAUGCAUUUGUAAUCAUAUAUUCUGAAAUAUAUUUCUAUCUUUGUUAUUCCGAGUUUUAUAUGUCCGCUGGUUGCGAAACCAACUGCUGUUGAAUAAUUUAGAUCACUGUAGAAG